CCGGUGGAUCCGCCGCGUGCCCGAGCUGUGAGUCCACCUGCAAAGCUGCUGCCUGUCUCCAUAGCGACGACACUCCGGAAAUACAACAUAAACCCGCCAGUUGUUUAUCUGCCGCGUUGUUUAUCAAAGAAAAACAAACUCAUACGUUUGUUUGUUUGUUUAUUUGUUCGUCGGUUGAGUCGGUAAACAUGUCGGAGCCCGAGGAGGAGGUCCAAGGAGAGCAGAGAGACAGCAUUAAGAAGAAGAAGAAGAAGAAAGAGAAACGAAGCGCAAAGAAGAAGAAGGAGAAGCGGGAGGAAGAGGAGCAACAGGUGGAGGAGGAGAAGGAGGAGGAAGAGGAGCAGAGUGAGUGUGUGGUGCUGCGUGGGAUCUUCAAACUGGGGAAGAAGAGCCACGACGUCCUGCUCACCCGAACUAGACUGACAUGGACGCCCAUCACCCCGGAGACCCCCACAGGUGAGGCAUGCGUGCCGGAGCCAGGUGUGAUGCUGCUGCAGGACGUGUUUGCAGUGAAGGUGAAGCGGCGGCGAGCAGCGGGCCAGCAGUCGGGGGGACCUGUGCUCGGCGUGGCUCUGUUCUGCUGCAGGAGGAAGGGGAGGAGGCUGGAGGAGGAGACGCUGCACCUCCACAACGCUUCCGCAGAGCACACACACACCUGGUACAACACCCUGAAGGAGCUGCUCACAGAGUCCAGCAGGCGUCCCAGGUAUCUCAAGGUGUUCAUCAACCCCAGCAGCCACAAGAAGGAGGCCGUUCACAUCUACAGAGAACACGUGGCUCCGCUCUUCAAGAUGGCUGACGUCCGCACUGACAUCACCGUGACGGAGAGGAAGGGUCAUGCUCUCUCAGUGAUGAAGGAAUGCAAGCUGGAUGAAUAUGAUGGGGUGGUGUGUGUAGGUGGAGAUGGCUCGGUGGCGGAGCUAUGUCACGCUCUGGUCCUCAGGGCUCAGCUGGAUGCUGAUUCUCCAGAGAAACCAGUACAACCAGUGCUGCCGCUUGGAAUAAUUCCUGCUGGUUCCACAGAUGUUGUUUCCUGUUCUGUUCAUGGAGUCAGAGAUCCAGUCACUGCAGCCCUGCACAUCGUCCUGGGUCACCUGCAGCAGGUCGACAUGUGCAGCUUCUCGUCUCUCGGUCAGUUGGUGCGUUUCGGUUUCUCCGCCAUGUUUGGCUUUGGUGGGCGGAGCUUAGCACGGGCGGAGAAGAAGAGGUGGAUGCCUUCAUCACGGCGACGAGAAUACGCUCUGGUGAAGACGCUGGCUAGGCUGAGACCCGAGGACUGUCAGCUGUCUUUUCUACCAGCGAAGAAAUCAAACAGAGAUCAGCAUCAGGACCAGGACCCAGAUUCAGAAGGGGAGGAGUCCUGGACGACCAAUCAGGGCCUGUAUCUGAGCAUCAGCGUCAUGUCCAUCCCCUGUCUGAGUCCACACACACCUCACGGACUGGCUCCCAACACCAGUUUGGCAAACGGCAGCGCAGCAUUGAUCGCAGUAGGAAACACUUCCAGGUCAGAGUUCAUCAAACACCUGAAGAGAUACAGCAGCUCUAGUGGACAGUUCAGCUUCACAUUCGUGGAGACGCAUGCCGUGUCAGCGGUGAGGAUACGCCCGCGCUCUGUGAUUGGCUGGUCGGAGGAGGACAGCGAGGAAGAGGGCGAGUCCAAAACCACGCCCAUCAUCCAAUCAGAGGGACCCGCCUUCCCCUGGAACAUCGAUGGAGAGCUGGUAGAGAUCGCUAACGAAGUGCUCAUCAGGGUCCACCCGCAGCUCAUCACACUAUACGGGGAGGACGUGGACGAGGCAGAGUCUACCGUCUCCUGCAGCUGCAUCUGAGUCCAGUAGAGGGCGCUGCUGUGUUUGUGUUGGGACAAGGACGCUUUGCCAUGGUGACCACAGUGACUCAACAGUGCCCUCUCUGUCAUUACUGUUUCCAUGACGAUGUAAACUGACGUAGACGUUUCAUUGAAAGCAGCAAAAACACUUGCCAGUAGCAUCAGAGCUUUGCAGCUUCCUGUUUACGUUAAAGCUGCAUUAAUUGAUUUUUGUUUUUUAUUUUUAUUGAUUACUGCAGCUUUAAUAGCCUGUAAGCUAAAGCAGGAUUCAUAGUUGUGGGUCAGCUCUAUGCAGACCCUACGCUGUAGCCUACACACGUGGCCUACACCAUUGUGAGCAUUAAUACUUGUGCUUUGGUGUGUCACUCUACAGUUACACUGGCAAACCGCUAGUCCGUGGUGGGGGUUCUGUGAAGUGCUGUAAAGUUUAGUUGAUUCAAAACACACAUUAACGCACAUUAAACAUGGCUUAAUAGAGACAGUUUCAAACACAAGUACACAAAUCAGCUUCACUAUAACUCGCAGCAUUCACAGACAAAGCACUUGUCUUUAUCUGGACACAUUUUCCCCCACAAAUACAACAUGCUAAUGUUUUUAGCACAAGCCUAUGGCAUUUUACAUUGUAUAGAUUAGCCUAGUGGCUAGCGGACUCUUUCUCAACUUAAUAUGAAGCCAGGGACAACAGCAACAUUUGACAAAGGUUUUGUUACAAAAUUUGGCUCCAUUACAACUCACAAGGUUCACUGACAAAACUACUUUCUUAUACUAAACACAUUUUCCAAACAAUUAUAACAUGCUAACGUUAUUAGCACAAGCCUAUGGCAUUUUACAUUGUAUAAAUUAGCCUAGUGAUGAGCAGAGAUUUCCUCUAUUCCUAUGAAACCAGGGACAACAGCAACAUUGAACAAAGGUAACGUUACAAAAUUCAGCUUCAUUGCAACUCACAAGGUUCACUGACAAAACAACUGUCUUAUACUAAACACGUUUUCCAAACAAUUAUAACAUGCUAACAUUACUAGCACAAGCCUAUGGUAUUUUACAUUGUAUCGAUUAGCCUAGCAAUGUGCAGAGAUUUCCUCUGCUCAUAUGAAGCCAGGAUAAAUCACACACAAGACUUAAAAUGCUAUUUUUGCGGAGGCUUUAUUGUCUGUGAAAUAAAAGUUAGACAGAAAUAUAGAGAGGAGGUCUGCAUCGCCGUGACGUGUAGUUACAUUUCUGUAGGGGUGCACGUCAGGCUACAGCAUAGGGUGCACUGUAGGCUCUACAUCAACACAGAGCCUACACCGUAGGACCAGUGUCGUUUUGACGCAGAAGUAUAAAUCCUGCUUAACUUGUAAGCUACCUUUAACUCCAGACUGCCUGUGCUUUAUGAUGUAAAAGUUUAGCACUUGAUAGACCUGAUUGAUGAGGAUAGAUACUGCUUUUUUUUUUUAAACCAAAUUAUUGUUUACAAUUUAACAUAUUUUAAUGACUAGCUCUUCUAAGAGGACUUUAAUAUAAUUUGUGUUGCCUAUUUUUUUAUUACGAUUUUCAUUGUGUUUUUUCUUGUCCAGUUUUUGGUUCUGCUGCAGAGAGCAAAGAUUCAUCUGUAAUUCAAACUGUAAACACAUGAGCUAAAAUAGUGAACUGAAUCUAACACUGUGAGGAGAAGAGUACAUUUUUGAGUGUAUUAUCGUUGUUGUUGUUGUUGUUACUGUUACUGUUAGAUUAUCGUUUUAUGUUGGUGAUAGUUGAGCAUCUUUCUGUACAGAUGAGCAGAACCAGACUGGACGAGCCCAAAGUGUCCAAAGACUGUUAAAGUUUUAUAUUUCAGUACAACCAAGGUGUUUUUUCUAGACGCUCUUUUAAGUUUUUUUACUGAGAUAAUGCAUUUUGUUAGAGUAACAGCUGUGAUCACGACGAAAGGAAAAACAAGUACACAUUGUUUAAAUAGAAAAUCCUUCAUUUUAAUAGAAAAGUGUUGAUAAAGCAGUGAGACUCUCCAGUGCAGAACAACGUUCACAUAAACAAAAACAAACGAUUAAAAUAUUAAAACAUCUCUCUGUGUGAUGUGCAUUUGUAUUAAACAGAUAAACAGAAGGGAGGGUGGCAGCUUUUUUUUUUAAAUGUCUGCAUUCACAAAAUACUGAUGGUUAAAAACAAUAAUUUUUAAUACUUUAAAAUAUCAAAAAUUUCUUCAAGUAGUCUUUCAUCAUUCAACCCUGUGGCUCAAUUUGUUGCCGGCUCUGUCACGACAAGUUGCACCUUUUACUGUGUUUUCACACUGAUAGUUUAGUUUGAAUCCAGGAGCGCUUCGCUGAAGGAGUUAAUGACACUGAAGGUUUUUUUUUCAAAGCAAGGUGGCGACUAAGGAAGUAUACCUGUGCUUAUCUGUAGAAGGAGAUCUAAAGCCUCAUUUCCACUGCAUGCUUCGGCUCAACUCAACUCACUUUUGGCAUUAGGUGCUUUCCUCAGUUUUGUUUUUCACAGCUAAGGGCACCCAGUCAGUGUAGGCAGCUGAAAUAUUAUAGUUUUAUAGUUUUAUAGUUUCAUUUUUGUUAGUUUAUUUUGUUGUUGUUUUGUUUUUAGUUGACCAUUGUGUUGACCAUUGUGUAGUUUUGCAGGCUGCCACUUUUUAAUAUCUGGGUGAAGUGAAUUGAAAAACUGCGGUCGCUAUUGACGGUAGCUUGGACAUUUAAAAAUCAAGGGUUUGUACAGAAUGUUAUCUCUGACCAAUCAGUGGUCUGCAGUGUUUUAACUCCACCACCGAGUAUCGGUUCAUCUUGCUUGAACCUCGACUGACGCAAUACCAGAUAAAAUACCAGGUGGUAGACGCAACCUUUGCCCACAGAAAACCAAAAAAGAA